AUGAAUUGGACUGAAGGCAACCUUGCCCGCCAUUCAAGAGGCAAGGGACGAAAUGAAUUACUUACGAAGCAGAAACAGCAUUUCGCAAAGGUUCGCAACGGCCCACUCAGAGGAAGGGUUAGGCAGAGCCCAAUUACCAUAUCCUUUCUUGGACCUCAGCGAGUGAGUGACCAAAAGCACCGAGAGAAUGGUGGGAGUGAUGAGAAUGUAUCGCAUCAGCCACCAACAAGCCCCCUCUUAAUAGCAGAGCGGUCGCGGGCUCAGGAUCUUCCAGAUAGAGAAAGGAUACUAAGGCUACUUGGCAAGCCAGACUGGGUUGGUCUGGAUUUGCAGCAACCGAUUAAUAUCACUUUUCCUCAACAGCGUCAAACGCCUACUAAUCCAAGAUGGAGAAGAAUGGAACGCCUCCGAGUGCGUACAACGCAACUACGCGGUAGGCCUGUGCAUACCAGCAAUUCUCAAGAGUCCGAAGCGGCCCAAAGACCUCAGGAUCGCAAGUUGAGGAUGCAGAUUGGCAGUCGGGAAAUCCAGCCAAGUGUGAGCACAGCUUCUCAACCAAGCACGAGAAGGUAUAGUUUAGCACCAUACCCACUAGUUGAUCCAUCACGGAGAUUUCCAAGAUCAUUCGCAAGUCCGGAGCCUAGCCAGGCUCGUCAUUUCUACGUCACAUCAAGAAGCAGCCAAUGCUCUCAGAAACCGAUGAACUACAGGAAUGAAGUAGCUAGGGAGCAUGGUGACACAUAUCACAAGACCCUUGCGAGGCCACGAUUAUCGGAAGAGCCAACCCAUAUUGUAUGCUCUUCAUCCAUCAUCCAUGAGCCAAUUCCUCGUCGAAGUGGUGACUUCCCGAUCCUCAAGUGGUCGCCUCCACCAAUUGAGGAGCGGGGGAGUAUGGAGGUCGAGGUCGAGCUUCCACCGGAACCCAUUCCUCUUUCUCAAGAGGUAGACCAAAAGCGAUGGAAAAUUUUAGUUAUGAACUCUUCGGACAUUCCACCGAUUGAUGCGCCAACCAGUCCCCUGAUUACGGUGCCAUCAGUCAGUUCAAAGGCCAGCACUUUACCAUUUCAUUUACAAAGGAGGCUCCCAAGUUUUGAUUUCCCGAGCGAACCAGAUAUGAAUUCUAGUGCUGGAUGCGCCCCGCUAAGCACAGAUGGUCUAGAAGCCAUCGAAGCAACCUCUCAUGAGGAAGAUUGCCCGCCACCUAAGAAAAGACAAGAUCAUAAUCGCAAGGAGGUCCAACCUAUGAACGACAACGAUGCUUGGAUGAAAUUUGCUUUCGAUGGUGACAGUGAGGAGCUAGGAGCCGAGGUGUUUGCUAAGGCUGCGCGCCAGGUUGCAGCGGAACUUGUCCCUUCUGACACGUCUACAGACAGCGUCAAUGCUACUGAAACUGCGGCUAUCUGCGGGUCAACUUCUUUCACAGACGAUAGGGACAAUCAAGAUGAGAACUUUCUCGCUGAGAGUGGAAGCGAAAGCCACGUGGCAACGCAUGGUACUGCAGCCUCAGAAUCGGUUUGUAGCAACAUGGCUACAGCUGGCUCCGCGAGUGUAGCCGACUCAGAAUCACGAUUCCGCUUUGUGCAACCGAGGACUUUCGUCGGAAAACUUGCAGAUUCGGGCCCUUCAUCAACACAAAUGCCACCUCCUAUGUUGGGUCAUGGUAAGAGGAAGAGAGGUAGGCCAAAGAAGAGAGCGGCAGAUGGAAGAGCCGAUAUACGACGUUUGCCAGGUUUCGAUGGAGAUCCAAUAGAAGAAUUUGAGGACUGA